ACGUAUUAUCAAGUACCUCUCGACAUCAUAUAUUUUAUCAGUUAUCAAAAAUUCCAACACUUUUGGUCUAAGUCCAUCCAAAAUGAAAUCGCUAAUCCUCGUCUUCUUUGCCAUAACAGCCACUUUAGCACGGAAAGGCUUCGGGCCCACCGACCAAGAAUGGGGCUUCGUCGAAGUUCGAGAAGGUGCCCAUAUGUUUUGGUGGUUACACAAAACCGCGGCUAGCGUUGAUAAAUAUACAGACAAACCCCUUGUUAUUUGGCUACAGGGAGGUCCUGGAGCUUCAUCCACAGGAUAUGGAAAUUUCGCCGAGCUUGGGGCUUUAGAUGCCGAUUUAAAUCCACGAAAUACGACUUGGGUAAACGAUUAUAAUGUCUUAUUUGUGGAUAAUCCGGUUGGGACUGGGUACAGUUACGUCGACGAUUCGAAAUAUUUUGCUACCAAUAACAGUCAAAUCGCUAAUGAUUUUGUUGCUUUGUUGAAAGGGUUUUAUAAAACUGUGCCUGACUUAAAACAGACUCCUCUACAUAUAUUUUCGGAGUCAUACGGUGGGAAAAUGACGGCGGAAAUUGGAUUGCAAAUUUAUCUAGCUACUAAAAGUGGAGAUUUAGAAUGCGACUUAGUAAGUGUUGGGCUUGGCGAUUCUUGGAUUUCUCCAAUUGAUUCAGUCUUGACUUGGGGUCCGUACUUACUUAAUGUGGGCGCCGUUGAUCAAAAUCAGUACGAAAAAGUACAAGCAAAAGCCGAAGAAACUAAAGCAGCCAUCGAAGCUGGAAAAUAUUCAGAAGCUACCAAUUUGUGGGGACAGGCUGAACAAGUCAUCGAAACUGUUACUGCCGGAAUUGAUUUUUAUAAUAUUUUGAAAAAAAUAUCCUCCAGUUUUAUUAAAAGAGAAAAAGUAAUGCCCGGCUUGAGAGACGAUGAUGAUACCAAAAUUGCAAUUUUAAUGAAUAACGAUGUGAAGAAAGCUUUAGGACUUGAUGUUGAUUGGGGUUAUCAAUCAGGAGCAGUGUUUGAUGCUUUGUAUGAAGAUUUCAUGAAACCGGUCACAGAUAUCGUUGAACGUUUGUUAAACGAGACUGAUGUUCGCGUCGCUGUUUAUAAUGGACAGUUGGAUUUAAUUGUAGAUACGCCUGGAACAACCAAAUGGGUCGAUAAGUUAAAAUUUCCAGGGUCGGACGAAUGGAAAACAGCGAGUAAAUUAGCAAUAAAAGUAGACAAAAUUGUUGAAGGUUAUUACAAGAAUUUAGGAAAUCUGACAAUGUUUUGGGUCAAUAGAGCAGGACAUAUGGUCCCUGCUGAUAAUCCAGCUGCCAUGAGCUACAUUUUGCAAUAUAUGACUAACAAUGUGUAAUUAAAAAAUAAUAAAUAAAUUGUUAUCUUA